UAGACAGUCAUAAUCGGACUGUGCACUAAAAGGAGCUACUGUGCUAUAUUUUCUUCUUGGGUUGUUCACUUAAAUCGCCAAAAUUUCGCCCUCAAAAGCUGACGAUAUGAGCGACGCGCAACCGAAAAAUAAGCCGAUUCUUGUCAUAAACAACUUAAAUAAAAAGCGUCGUGUGUCGCUGUGCGUGGGGUGCGGGAGCCAGAUCCAGGACCAGUACAUCCUCCGUGUGGCGCCGGACCUGGAGUGGCACGCAGCCUGCCUCAAGUGCGCUGACUGCAACCAGUACUUGGACGAGACAUGUACCUGCUUUGUCCGAGAUGGCAAAACAUAUUGUAAACGGGACUACGUGAGGUUAUUCGGGACUAAAUGUGCAAAAUGUAGCGUAGGAUUCAGUAAAAAUGACUUUGUAAUGCGAGCACGGAAUAAAAUAUAUCAUAUAGACUGCUUCCGGUGCGUUGCCUGCAGCCGCCAACUAAUUCCCGGGGACGAAUUCGCCUUACGGGAGGACGGGUUGUUUUGUAAAGCGGACCACGAGGUCGUGGAGAGGGCCUCAGGACAAGAAAAUCACGGAUCUCCUUCAAGUAUAAACAACAAUAACAACGAUGAACAUAAGGGAUUACAGUUGGCAGAUGGGGGACAUGGCAAGCUGCGCCGAAAUAAAAAAGGACACGCCGAACAGAUGCCAAAUAGCAGAUCAGGAGGCAUCCGGCCGCACGUACACAAAACAGAACAGAAGACGACGCGUGUUCGGACAGUCUUGAAUGAAAAACAGCUUCAUACGUUACGAACGUGUUAUAACGCAAACCCAAGGCCUGACGCAUUGAUGAAGGAACAAUUAGUAGAAAUGACCAAUCUGAGCCCGAGAGUAAUACGAGUUUGGUUCCAAAACAAACGAUGCAAGGAUAAAAAGCGGAGUAUAUUGAUGAAACAGAUGCAGCAACAGCAAGAAAAGGUGGUUGUUUCCUUUUUACAGAACGGCAACCGGCUCCAGGGACCACUACAGGGAGUGCCAAUGGUCGCAUCUAGUCCAGUACGCCACGAGAGCAACCUCCAAGGACAACAGGUCGAGGUGCAGAGCUACCAGCCGCCGUGGAAGGCCCUCAGCGAGUUCGCCAUGCAGAGCGAAAUAGAACAGCCUCCGUUCCAACAACUGGUUCACUCCUUCGACCGGCCAUCAUCGAUGAGUGGAGGGGAUUACGGCUGGGGAGAGGACGACUCCAAUCUCGGACCCGAGUCCAUCUGCUCCGAAUUCCCAGCUUCACCCUCGGACUUAUCUAGUCCAGUCAGCAUGUAGCUAAACACAAGGACUAAUGACGUCACCGGCCUCUAGUCCAAUGAGAUUCGUCUCGUGCCAUUUGACGUCAUGGAUUUCACCCAAUCAGCGUGUGCUACGUAGAAUAUGACACUUAAUCAGUGCUUCGUUGGAAUUUGACACUUAAUAGUGCUACGGCGUGACGCAGUGUUGACGUCACCAUGCGAGAGACGCUACUCUUUCUGACUUUGAUGGGAUGUGUUGUUCGUAUGUUGCUGGUAGUUUAAAAGAGGCGUCGACAUUCUGUGUGUUUACAAAAACCGAACCUGUUAGUGUAUCUGUCCGAUGGUGAUUUACAAACUAGAGGCGGAGAGGAUUAAACAUACUGAAGAGCUGCUGCUGGCUCGGGGCCAGAUGCACGGACUGCUCUUCAUACUUUCAUUUCAUUAUUACAGAUCAUUCAUAACUCUGAACACGUUUCCCACCGUUGGCUCUACAACUGAGCUUAUACGGCCAUUCAUCCAGCCAUAUAUGUGCCUAGGAGAUUUACCCUUUGUGGACUUCGUAUUGUUAAAAUAAUUAAGAGACUCACGUGAGGGGAUAGUUCAUCAUCAUUGAUAUCUGGAAAUAUUAUCAAAUUAUUUAAUGAAAUGAACAACUAUCAUUUCAAAUGGAUUUGAAGAAUUUUUGAUGGCAUAAUUGAAUGACAGCUUACCAAAGCACAGUUAUCCUGCCACACUGCUUCGUCAGUGAAGAUCACUGCGCAUGCGCAGUGUCACUGGUGAAGCAUUAUGGAUUUACUUUGAAAGCCUUGGUGAGCAUUCAUGUAUUAUUUAUACUAGCAAAACGUUUUAAGAUAUAUUCGAAAUCAUAACCUUUUUUGCAUAGCUAAGGUUUCAUAUGCAGAAAAACUUGCCCCGAUUUAAAGGCUGUCUCCAAAAAUAUUCACACAUAAACGUACACAUGUAUUCAAAAUUCCUUUUCGACAUCGCGGGUAAAUUGGAAAAAGUCAUGUUGAUCGAUGACAUAAAAUGUCAUUGCCAAGGAAAUCUCAAGAAAAGUUAAACUGCUGAUAUCUUAACUAAUAUUUUUUCGUAGCUAUUGUUGCUGAAAGCUUCUUUUAAUCGCGAUGGAGAAUAUCGGAAAAUUCGUAAACAUAUUCUAAGCUUCCAUGACAAUAUCCAUCAUUGCCUAAGGGUAGGUCACGCCUUGGGCAAAUAUGGUGAAGGCUUUUAAAUUCGGGUUACAGCUAUCUAUUACAUAAUCAAUGAUGAUGAACAACUCUUCCUUCCUCAUGUAAUAAGGAUAAUCUUGUGAACAAUACUCGCAUCACUAAUUAGGUAUGUAAUGUAUGUGAUAUAUAAUAAACAUAUUGACGCUGAAAAACUCACAGCUGUAAUCUUACAAUAAGAUUGAAAAGGUCAUAAACAUCAUUGCUACCAGUGUUAAAAUACAUUUACAACUGUGUCAACAUAUUCUUUGUCAGGGUCACAUGUACCAUCAUACCAUUCAUGCUAAUGCUAAAAAUGUAAUGAAAACAAUGCACGAAAUACUGAACCAUCCGCACAUUUCUUAAAUGAGAUUGUGACAAAAUUAUUUUUCGUGAUGGUAGUUUAAAAUCCCUUUUUUUAGAUAUCUAAAGAUUUUAUGCGAAAUAUGCUGUGAACUUGGUACUUUUCAUGUUCUGUUCGAAAACAGGUGUUCAUCUGCUUCAGAACACGACUGUACGUGUUUGUGCCAAAUCUUCCCUAUUGCAUUGAUUCACCCGCAUGGAAAUCUAAAGUCGCAAAAUCUACAUAAUACUUUCUAAUUACAUGAAAAAUGCGAGGCAUUUUUGGCUAGUAGAUCAUUCUGGAUACCGAUUGGUUAAAUAUUUCUAAGCACUUGAUUGAUUCAUUAUCUUUAAUGUUGUUUGGUUGACUGGUUUUUAUGAGAUUUCUAUGGACUUUCUUUAAUGCUAAGUUCAAUAGUAAACUUGGUACAAAUACAUUUAAAGAUAUAUCUCUUAGGGGUCCAUCCAAAGGGAGAAAAUAUAUUUGAAAAUCCCUCGUGUGCACGAUCCAAUGGUAGUACGUAUUUUGUCUUCAUCAUAUACAAACGAAAUAGGCAGCUCAGAGAUACUCUAGUUUCAUCUAUCUAAGACCCCUUUAUGAAUUUCUACAAUAUCGAAACAAACACCGAUCCGGGACAUGACAUCGCGACCAUCGGACAACCCAUUGCCUGUCCAAAUUGAACAUUAUGAAUGGUAUCAAACAACCAUGUCCAAAAUAUCUCCGGACCAGUAUUGUUCGGAAUUCAGAAACUGUCUUAGAUUAGUGAAACUGGAGUAUUUACAGUUCAAUGGACUGCAAGCCCUUUUCGCGUUCAUGGAUAUUGAUAUCCAGAACGUAUUCCGCAUACUUUCUCAAUGCUAAAAUCUAACCGGAUUUUCAUAUCGUGCUAAUGUUGGUGACCAUGCUGAGUGUUUUCUAAAUUUGAAUAGCUACUGGACUAAUGGGGUACGUUAGAACAUUUAGGAUAGGCUACCUGAUGUUGAUGCGUAGUCGACGCAUUGUGGAUUUUUCAGGUCAAAUUGACCCACCUUUCAUCAUCAUUUCUGCAUACAUAUGUUCGUGUUGGACUUAAAUGCCCGCCGUCUGUAUAUACUGUGACAGUUUCAUGAUCAUUUAAUUAUUUCAUGUGGAUAAAGAAAGAUAUUCUAGUGGAGAUAUUGAAUAAAUUAAUUGUAUGUAUAAAUUAUUUGAA